AUGUUCUGCAAAUACUCAAAAAAUCUUAAACUGAUACAGUGGUCUGAUACUGUUUUAGAAAUACCUGCAAAUUUCAAAGAUGCUGAGAGAAGAGAUCUUUUUUGGGCAUUUUCACAUUUUGUUUAUAAAGAAACAAUACCAGUGUGGAUUGGUUAUAACUCUAAAACAGUAAAACAUGACAAUGAAGUACACAAGGUGACAUUUUUGCGGAAUUAUAAUGAAGAUUCUACUAAUCCAUCGAUGAUACUAGAGACGUUAAGAAUUACAGAUAGCAUCGCUAAUGAAUGUGGUCAAAAUUUUGCUGUUGUCACUUACGUCUUAGCUAUGGCCAAACCUGCAAUGCAAAUACAGUCAUUACAGUCACCAACAUUUGAUAAAAUGUUUAUACAUUUUGGCGCAUUUCAUUUAUUUAUGGCAUAUUUUGCAGCUCUAGGAAAAAUCAUGUCCGAAUCUGGAUGUGCUCAUAUUUUGUGUGAAAGUGGAAUACUAGCAGAUAAUUCGAUGAAAGGAUUUAUGUCUAGAAGACAUUUUAAUAGAUGCAAAAGAUUACAUCCUCUCCUUGCUCUAGCUUUACAACUUCAGCACAUAAAAUUUUUCUUAAGUUCAAAUAUACAUUUGUCUCCCGGAUUCGAACUUUACUUAAUGAAUAGCUAUCUAGAUAGGGACUAUUAUUCAGAAAACGAAUGCCCAUCAGAACUUAUAGCAUUUUUAUCUGACGCGUACAGGAAAACAUGGGCCAAUUGCUCAGUUUUGGUUUAUAUGUAUAUCGAUUAUGUACAUCUAUACUUAAAAAUGUCAAGAGCCGUAAGGAUGAAUGACGUAGAUCUUUUCACGCUAUGA